AUGGAUGGAAAAUAUGCAGAUGUACAAUCAAGACCCACUGUGAAUAAACAAACUCGUCGAUCUCAAUAUCUCUCGGGAAAUCCAUCUACUUCAACAACAAAAUCAUCAUCUUUACAUUCUAAACGAUCCUCAAUAUCCGAUACUCCCUUUGUGAUUAGUCCAGAUUCAAAUUAUCGUUCGCGGACCACAUCCAUAUCGCUCGUUCAUCCAAUAUCUUCGUCAAUAGUUCAUGAACCGGAAUUAGCUAGCCACUUGAACGGAUUUUCUUUUGUUGAUCCGCUACCUUCAUCGUCGACAUCUUCAUCAUCAUCCACUUUUCACUCUUCAUCGUCGACAUCUUCAUCAUCAUCCACUUUUCACUCACCUUCAUACCCCAGACGCAGAGUAUCGAUAUCCGUAUCUGGCACACAAGCACAGGCGGUACGCUACCCAUACCCUAUACAAUCUCCUCCGAGACGAACUCGGACAAUGUCAUAUCCUCAUCCAGCCUCGACACAUUCUCGAAAUGAACGGUCACCAAAAUCAACUAGAACGAAGAAAAUCGUCAUUACGGUGCUCAUUCUCCUAUCUUUAUUUCUGAUAGGAACUGUCAUCGUCCUCUCAAGUGUAUCAUACUAUCUGGGAAUACCGAAUUGGGCGUAUCUGACGGAAUCGGAAGUAGCUUGGAGACCAGACGAUGUUAUCAAACCUUUAAAAGAUCCACUAUCGUCAAACGGAACGUCGCGGGGUCUACAACGGAGGAAGGAAUGGAGGGAUGUAACGGAUGAAGUAAUAGAACCGUCAGAAGCUAGUAGUGUAGUGGGAACGGAAACAUUGCCUGAAUCAUGGAAGGAAUUGGAAGAGGAGAUGGAACAGCUUGAUGCUGAAGAAGAGUCAGAGGAAUCGCCGACUUACGACGAUGAUGUGGAAACAAGCAGUGAUGCCUUGAAUGAAAGCGCAGAGGAUGCCAUAUGGGGUAUAGAUGGCAAAGGUACGGGUGGAUACUGGAUGCAGAAAGAUUGGACUGGGAAAGUAGAGAAUUCAAACAGCUGGGACAGAUUAUACAACGUGACUACAAGACCCGGAGAGACUAUCCCUCGGCUGAUACAUCAGACCUGGAAGAAUGAUAUCUUACCUGACAAAUGGCAAAAAGCUUGGAAAGAGUGUAGGGAAGGCAUGCCUGAUUACGAGUACAUGUUAUGGACCGAUGACAUUUCACGAGAGUUUAUCGCCAAGCAUUACCCAGCGCAUCUACACAUGUUUGACAAUUACAGAUAUCCCAUUCAACGCGCAGACUCUAUUAGAUACUUUAUUCUCCAUCACUUUGGUGGUAUAUACAUGGAUUUGGACAUCGGAUGUAGGAGAAGACUUGAUCCUCUUCUUCAAGGCGAUUGGGAGGUCAUCUUGCCUAUCACCAAGCCUGUCGGCGUAUCCAAUGACCUUAUCUUCUCAUCGAAAGGAUCGGCCUUUAUGGAUGAUACUGUUCACGGACUUUCAACUUUUGACCAUCAAUACUUCACAAACUAUCCUACCGUGAUGUUCUCCACAGGCCCCAUGUUCUUAUCCGCACAAUAUGCUCUUUACUCCUCAAGUCAUCCCUUGACCGAAACUCAUACACGUGCAGAAGUACGAAUUCUCCCAAAAUCUCUGUAUGGCAAAAACGCACCGUUAUCCACAGUACCACACUCUUUCUUCUCUCAUUUCUACGGAUCAUCAUGGCAUUCCGAUGAUGCAGGAUUUAUUACUUUCUUAGGAGAUUGGGGAAAGAAACUUAUGUGGGUAGGAUUGGUUGUGAUCAUUCUCGGUGUCACACGUUUGAUCUGGAUCAAGAGGAAGGCAGCGAAUGGUCAGCAAUAUCAACUCUUAUCGAUAUUACCUACCAGUAAUGGCAUGUCACAUGGUCCUCCUCGAUCAGGAGCAAGCACUCCUACAAGUGUUGGCUCAAGUGGACCUAUGUCACCAUCAACAGCGUUCGAUAUAUCACAACAGCUACCUUCUGAUUUAGCAUCAGCAUUUAGACGUGCUGGGCAUCUGAUCUUGGCUGCUCCGGCCACUCUGCUCUACGGCGAAAGGGAUAGAAGAGGAAGGAGACGGACGGGUUUACUUUACUUUGUUCCAGCAUUGUUCCAACCCGAUCCAAGGAGGAGAGGCAGAACAGCAUCUGAAGCCAGUCAACUACCUCUUCAACGACCGAGGAGAAAUAGAGCAGGUGUACCGCCACCACCCUAUGAAUCUCGCGAGGGUGACGGCCAGUCAAAAACGAGGCCACCUGGGGGAGACGAGACGAUGGAUGAAGUCGAUGCUUUCUUAAACGAAGCUGAUACCGAAGGGGAGAGCUCGACCAAUCCAGAUGAAGAAGAUGAUGGUAAUUGGAACGAUUGGAGGAGGAAAAGUGAGGCUGCGGAUUAG